GGCGCUGCUCUGAAUAAGGUCUAUUCGCACCCGCAACGGUCUUCACUGACAGGGUGACUGAAGUUGCUGGGCUUCAGGUUGCUUGAGUAAACGAGUGUCAGUUGUGGUGGAACACUUGUUCCUGCAGCACAUUCGGUCUCUCUGAUUUGUGUGGUUUGUUUCUCGAAGCAGAAGCUGCGCAUAUUGAGAGACACUCGGAAAACCACACCGGAGAAGCGCUGCUUUCACACACUUCUGAGAAACAGGAAUAUUCUGUGUCUUAGCAGGUGGAGACAGAAGUGUUUUGACUGAAGGAUGGAGGGCUCUGGUUGGCAAGGUGGAGAAGAGCUGCCUGGAAGCCACGUGUACGAGGUGAUGGUGGUCCCAAACUCCACUUCCCCUCACAGCUUUCCAUUCGCAGACGUAGCCCUGCUGCAGACCUUCAAGCCGCUUAUCAUCCCCUGUUACGUUCUUGUGUUGCUGGUGGGUGUCUUUGGCAACUACCUUCUGAUCUACGUCAUCUGCCGCACGAGGAAGAUGCACAACGUCACCAACUUCUUCAUCGGUAACCUGGCCUUCUCAGACAUGUUGAUGUGUGUGACCUGCGUCCCCUUCACACUGGCCUACGCCUUCAGCGCUCAUGGGUGGACAUUUGGACGCUUCAUGUGUUACCUGGUUUUCUUGAUCCAGCCUGUCACUGUAUACGUGUCUGUUUUCACCCUCACGGCCAUUGCUGUCGACAGGUACUAUGCUACAGUUCACCCUUUGAAGAAGCGGAUCUCAAUGGCGGCUUGCGGUUACGUGCUGUCUGGGAUCUGGCUGCUGUCGUGCGUGCUAGUCGCUCCCGCUGUGGCCCACACGUAUCACGUGGAGUUCAGAGAAGAGGGUCUGACCAUCUGUGAGGAGUUCUGGUUGGGCCAGGAGACCCAGCGGUUGGUGUACGCCUACAGCACACUGCUACUGACCUACAUCCUUCCUUUAUCCGCAGUCUGUGUGUCUUAUUUCUGCAUCUCCGUGAAACUCCGGAACUGCGUGGCCCCCGGACACCGCACGCGGGACCAGGCCGAGGCCCAGCGGGCACGCAAGCGGAAGAUCUUCAGGCUGGUGUCUCUAGUGGUGGUGGCGUUCGCCGUCUGCUGGCUGCCCAUCUAUGUGUUCAACGUGCUGCGCGACAUCGACAUCCGCCUCAUCAACAAGCGUCAUUUCCUGUUGAUUCAGUUGUUGUGUCAUCUGUGCGCCAUGAGCUCGUCCUGCUGCAACCCGUUCCUGUACGCGUGGCUGCACGACCGUUUCCGCGCAGAACUGCGCAAGAUGUUUACCUGCCACCGUCGCAUUGGCAUUCCUGCAAACCACUGCGCGACGGCAAGCGUUGUACUAUGACGUCAAUGUGGACUUCAGAAAAGAUAAAAACUCAUGAAGUGCAAUUUAAUAAAGGCCAACAAAAUGUAAAUACAGGAAAAUAUAUGAUGGAUGGAAACACUAAGGCUUCUCACAGCGAAAUCCUUUUUAAUUUUUCACAGAAAGAAAAGUGCAGCGUUAUUCAGUUAACUGUAUGGGGUUUUACAGACAAAGACCCAGAACUAGAUAUGAUGAAUGAAGAUAGUUUGCAGUUUCUUUAGCAGAAGUCAGCUUCAAGACUCACACUGGAGUUUGUAGGCCGCCCCGCUUACAGUUACAAAGAUCACACUAGUAAUACCAUACUCCAAGAUCUAAGCUACGUACUUGCUUCAGGUUGCAGUUUUUUUUCAGUAAACAGUAAUUUGAAAUGUUCCUAUUUUUGUUUUAGGAGUUCCCAA